AUGCCGCCUCUGCGACGCAACGCUCAGUUUACUUCUCCAGUCAUGCGCAUUGGAUUUUCGAUCAUUCCUUGGUUUCUUUCGAUCCUUGGCCUCAUUUUCGCAGGCGACCUCACUCGCAAGGCGUUGUCUCCAAGCGACGACGUUGUGCGCCAGAUUAGACUUCCGAUGUCGUCGAGCGAGACGCACUUCGUUGAGAGCGCUCGCGCAAUCAUCAAAGUUGUUGAAAACAACUUGCCCGAUUUCGAACCCUUUGAGAGCACGUACAAAAAGAUCCACCAGAACCCGGAGUUGUCCCGCCAAGAGAAUGGCACGUCGCGCUAUCCCGCUCAGCACCUGGCCGCUCAAGGCUUCGAGGUUAUCGAGAAACUCGGCGGUCAUGGCGUUGUAGGCGUGCUCCACAAUGGUCCUGGGCCGACAGUCUUGCUGCGCGCCGACAUGGAUGCGCUUCCGCUCGAGGAGAAGACGGGGCUGCCAUACGCGAGCACAAAGCGUGAGCGGUGGGACGAUGGUAAGGAAUAUCCCGUGAUGCACGCUUGCGGGCACGACAUGCACGUUGCAGUCUUGUUGGCAACAGCAUCUACGCUCAAAUCCGCUGCAAAGAGCUGGAAUGGCACGUUGAUCUGCCUCUUUCAGCCCAGUGAAGAGGCCGGCGGCGGCGCCAUGGCCAUGAUCAAAGAUGGCUUGUAUGACAAGGUGCCUCGUCCAGACGUCGUGCUCGGACAGCACGUCGUGCCUACCAAAGCGGGAUCGGUCCAGGUAAAGAAGGGCGCUGUUCUUGCUGGUAAUGAUUCCUACAACAUAAGGAUUUAUGGGAAAGGCGGACACGGUGCCAAGCCGCAUCUGGCUGUCAAUCCUAUCUUCAUUGCGGCUCACAUUAUCAGCAGGCUGCCAGAAAUUGUAGCUACGAAGGUUCCCCCCGAGGAAUUUGCCAUACUGAAUAUCGGAAGCAUACAUGCCGGCCAUGCCGAGAACGUCAUUCCAGACCAUGUAGACAUGAAGCUCACCAUGAGGCACUCGGUGCCUAAGUGGCGUGACGUUCUGCGACAGGAGCUACACAGAGUCAUCCAGGCUGAAUGUGAUGCUGCAGGCUCCCCGCGAAAACCCGACAUCACCCGCUACGAUUCGUCUCCACCAACAGUCAACGACGAUGAGACGGCAGGGAAAAUUUACGACACUUUCAGGGAGCACUUCAAACAUGACGCCUGGGAGAUGCGAUUCGAUACUGGUAGCGAAGACUUCUCCGACCUAGCGACCGUCCAUGGCAUACCGUAUGCGUAUUGGAAUUUUGGCGGUGUGCCGGUGGACCAGUGGGACGACGCUGUAAGGAAGGGCACAGUCGAUGAAAUCCCCGAGAACCACUCGCCGCUGUAUGCGCCAGCGAUACAACCCACGCUUCGGUCGGGAACUGAAGCGUUUGCGCUAGCAGCAUUGACGUUUCUCGAUACCAAGUCCUUGGAAAGAAGUCUGACGCACUCGACUGAUGCAGGGGCAAAGGCAAAGAUCUAG